GAGCGGAAGGAAUUCCCGGAGUGCCGGCUGCUGGCCCCCGGGAUGCCAAUGGGGAAUGACACCUUGUUGGCCAGCCCAGGAGUCAGACGGUGCAGCGCUGCAGCCGCAGCAGGCGAAGGAGACCAGAGGGUCAGAUACAGGACGCGACCGGAUGAGCACAACAAAGUGGGGCAGCCGUCUCACGGAGUCCCCCAGCUCGCCCCCCUGUACGAACAUUUCAGCUCCCACCCAACCCACCUGCCAACCGACAUCAACCAGAAACAAGGUGUGCACCGCCCGCUGCAGACGUCGGACAUCCCCAGCUUCUACUCGCUGUCUCCCGGCGGCGUCGGCCAGAUCUCCCACACCAUGGGAUGGUUCACCCACCCAUCACUGAUGCUGAGCUCCAGCAUGCACAGCCCUGGCAUCCCACACCCGGCCAUCGGACCCCACUCUGGGAAACAAGAGCUGGACCACUACGACCGCAACCUGAAACCCCAGCCCGAGCCCAAGCGGGAGAAAGAAGCCAAGAAGCCCACCAUCAAAAAACCCCUCAAUGCAUUCAUGCUGUACAUGAAAGAGAUGAGGGCAAAGGUCAUCGCGGAGUGCACGCUGAAGGAGAGCGCGGCCAUCAACCAGAUCCUGGGGAGACGGUGGCACGCGCUGUCACGGGAGGAACAAGCCAAGUACUACGAACUAGCCCGCAAGGAGCGACAACUCCACAUGCAGCUCUACCCCGGCUGGUCCGCCAGAGACAACUAUGGAAAGAAGAAAAGGCGGUCACGAGAGAAGCAUCAAGAAUCCAAUACAGGAGGAAAAAGAAAUGCAUUCGGUACUUACAAGGAGAAGGACGCUGUGCCAGCCCCGUUUCUUCCGAUGGCAGUGCUAUAGACUCCCCUCCUUCCCCUCCGGACGCGCUCCGCUCCAUCCCCGCCGCUUUUACCUCCGAUGAGCUUGCUAGCCCCGCCGAC